UUAACCAAAUAAAUACAUUCAUACCUGUGUAUUGAGCCACGAAGUAGCGAUAUAUUCAGACGAUAAGACUUAACAGCAACCUGCAUUGCCAUUGAGUAUUGUGAAUAUGGCGUGCUAUAGCAGUUCCAAAGCCAAAGGGCUGAGUUUAGUGCCUCUAAUUGUUCACUUUCAGAUCACAGUUUUAUAUAUUUUGUCGUCAACGAAGAAAGUAGAAUCAUGUAAUAAUUCAACACUGGGAAGUUCAUCCUGUAUUCGUAUUUCUCGCUACAGCGGCGAGCAGUGGUCGACUUGUGUUACAGACUUGUAUAUACGACAAAAAUCCAAGGGUCGCCACGGCUGCCUAAAAGGUCAACAAAUUUGCAUUUAUCAGUGCAUGUUAGAAGUUUACAGCACAAAUUCUGGAGCAGUGUCGAAACCAUGUACAUGUUCUACGGGCGAAAUAUUGAAGACUGACGAUGGGUUUCUUUCCGUCACCUUCAAGCCGAGUAUUCCUGCAUGGUGUUCUAGUCCAACCGGAGCAAAUUGUGGCUGGUUCAAGACGUGUUUAGCUCAACGAUUUCCAUGUGCUGGAAAAUUCAAGAACGAAGUUAUAAAAUUUGGAGAAGUCCUUUGUAAGUCGUAUCUAAAUCCUUAUUCACACUUGUCUAGAAACGCUCAUAUGUGGUUAAAUGGUGUACGGAAAUGCCUACAAGUCAACUUGGUACCUUUAUUGAGAAUAUGGCAAGGAACAAGACGGCAAAACUCAUGUAAAGCACUAACAAGACGCGCAAUAUCCUUGUACAGACAUUGUUUUUUUUCGCCAUAUCCUGCAACAAUUACAACAAUCUGCAAAUUACCUCUUGUCGAUUUGUGGCGAAUUUUCUGGCAUCUACGACAAACACUAACCGACCAAAAUGUCCAGAAUAGUCUUAUGGAGAUACUAAAAACUAUCGAACGUUGUGAUGAAUUCCGGAAAGUGAACUUAAAUCUUGGAAAAGUGAGGAAAUUCUUAUUCCAGGUAAACCUUGGGACAUUAAAGAAGCGAACGCUUAUAGCGAAAGAAUUAAGCAUAAAAAUUGCAAAACAUUUGUGUUUGGAUAGAAAAGGCAUUUCGUGGUUUGCCUAUUCUAAUAUUACUCAGAAGUCUGAAAACAGUACAAUCGAACUGGUGUUUUAUAUUGCCGACGAAUAUGAGCAUAGAAUGAGGCAAAAGUUUGGCGCGGACACCUUGGUUAAUCUUAAUGAUACAGUGAAAGCGUUGACCGAAGCGGUUCGCAAAAAUGAAUUGUGUUUUCAAGUUUUUGACGGAGAGCACAAGUAUCGAAUAACAGCAACAACUGUUUGCAACGAUAUCGAGUGCCAAAGUAAUAGUUGGAAAGUGGUAGCAAGCGAGUUGAGCCCGAGAAAAUCAUCGGUGCCGAUGGUCAAUAAUUGUAGACCAGUUACUGAACCAUCUAGUAUGUUGCUUUUAGUUGCAGAAUUCAUCUUAGCUAUGGCUGUAAUAGCCACAACACUUAUGACAAAGUAAGACGUCUGUUUCUGUCUUACUUUUACUACAGGAGUUAAGUUAAUUUUUAGAUUUAAAAAACGUUCAUUUUCGUUGUCUAUUUGUAAUGUGGAAGUCAAGUCCCUCUGCACAUAAUUGAAACUGAAAAAGUGAUCUUUACCGAUGUGGGAUAGUCUGGAUGGAAAGUUUGUAUUUAUGUGUGGAGUGCGUGCUCUGCUUUCAAACAAUGCAGUUUCUCUGAAAAAACAAACUCUGAACUCUAUCGUUUCUAAAACAUAAAGAUCUUCGCAGAAGGACUUGGCAGCCUCUUUAUAUUUAGCACAUAUACAGUAAGAGUGUUCACAUUGUGUUCAGAAAAAAGAAACUGUAUUGAUAUUUAAGAACACGCUGCCGGAACUAUUAAUUCCUUUUUUAGUAUUUUUCGAUCUUCCGUUUUUCUUUGGUUUUCCAAUAUAUUUCUUUUAACAUCGUACUAAAGAUAAUGGACGCCGAAAAAUUUCGAAUACAAAGAGAAAAAGGAAAAAACUGUAAAAGGGUUUAUUAAUAGUUUUAAAGCGUCACUCUAUUUCGGAUGUAUUAAAAUUAUACCACUAAAUUAUACUAGUAUAGCUCUAGUAUAGAUCAGUGAUUACUACCUAUGAUGAUAUCACACAAUAUGCCUGGUCUAUCUGUAUAAGGUGAACAUUGAUAUUUAUAUAAAGAACGAGAAACGUCUUGUACAAUCAUAUAUAGCUACUUGUUGGAUUAUAUGCCAAAUGUUUAAGUUAUGUUGAGUUAAAAGUUAAAACUGGAAUACAGUCAGUAAACCGUGAUUACUAGACAAACCUGAAUGACAGCAGUUAAACUGUUUAUGAAACACAAAAAAGAUGAUUUAUGUUGAUUUAUGUUGUACAAUUAAAAAAUAUUGUAUAAAUUUCAAAAUGCAUGGUUUAAUUGUCAAUCGCAAUUGUGCUUUGCAGCUAACCUGAAAGCAGUCGUUAUUUUCGAUGGCAAUCCCAGAAACUACAACUGUAAAAUCACACAAGAUUAAUGAUUUUCCACGUAGUGUGUUUAAUUUUGUUUGUAAAGCCCAGAAAUCCACCCAAAACCCCACCCAUAGCAGGACACCAGAAAAAUCAACUCGGAUCUAUAGGAACAAACGAAACUUCGAUCUAAAGUUGUGAAUCCAUGAUAUCUUAAUAAUAAGUUGAAAAUAUAACUCGUGAGAAAAUGCAAAGUAACGGUAUUCAAGUAAUUCUAGAAUUGUAGUGUUAUAAUAUCAUGAGGAGAAUACGAAUCUAGUUUCUCAAAAGCUAUAAUAAAAUUUAGGGUUAUGUUCAAAUUCACUUCCCAUUUCAAUUGUUGUUCUUUGAUUCUAAUUCACUUUAAAAUAGGAUCAAAAGACUGC